AUGGAAUGGCAGUAUACCGGGUCGCUCACCAAGUCGGGGGGCGAGCUCCAACGCCUCGUGGACGAAGUCCUUUUGGACGAUCGCUUUCAGAAGGAAGACCUUCGUGGCUUCAACCUAGACCGCGAGCAACGCCGAUUGGAUGAACACGCACUCACCGGGGGCGCGUUCUCGACACAGGACGGCUGGCGCGAGGCGUCGGUAAUGCUUCACCUUCCCAAGCCUGGGCUUGAACAAGAAGACGAGGAACAUUGCCCCGCCUUCAUUGUCAAUAACAUCUGGGUCCGGAGCAUGCUCGAGGUUGUGAAAUGCGGAUUCCAGGACAUAUCUGCUCGGAAGUUCCAUUGCGUCCCCCACAAACUGUAUCGCACGCGCACCACUGCUGAGGAACCCAACGCUCAGCCCGAACGUCUCUACACGGACCUCUACAACUCAGACAAAAUGAUAGAAGAGCACGAGAGGCUGCAGAAGCGCCCCCGAAACCCUGCCGAUGCCCCCGAGGUGGAGUAUGUCGUUGGUGGAAUCAUGGUGUACUCCGACUCCACUCACCUCACCAACUUUGGCACGGCGUCGCUGUGGCCGAUUUACGCCUUCUUUGGAAACCUCUCGAAGUACCUUAGGCUCAAACCCUCCAUGUUCGCCGCACACCACCUUGCUUACAUCCCGUCGCUGCCAGCAAAUCUCCUCCGAUUUUAUGAGGACACGUAUGGCGCCCCGGCAUCCGCCGCUGUCAUCCGAAUGCUCAAGUAUGAUCUUGUACAGAAGAUCUGGCUCACUCUCCUGGACGCAGACUUCAUGCACGCGUUCGAACACGGCGUCCUCAUUGUCUGUGGUGACGGUGUCACCCGGCGCGUUUUCCCUCGCAUCUUUACGUAUUCAGCGGACUAUCCAGAAAAGUGUCUUGUCGCCUGUCUCAAAACGUUGGCGCGAUGUGCCUGUCCCGAUUGCACCACCGACAAAUGUGAUUUUUGGAAAAUGGGAAUGAAGCAGGAUAUGGCUGCCCGAGUCAAAAACGCUCGUCAGGAUACUAGCGUCAUUCAGCAGCUGAUAGCGAGGGUCCGCCGGUGGAUCUUUGAAGAUGGUACAGUGCCCGACGGCAACAGCGUCAAGAAGACAAAGCUCGGUUUUUUGUCAAUGACUCCCACCCGUUCCGCAUUUUCGCAGCGCUUUGCGUCCUUCGGCCUCAACGUCUAUGAGCUGUUUGUUCCUGAUCUAUUGCAUGAAAUGGAGCUCGGCGUCUGGAAGGGCACCUUUACCCAUCUCGUUCGUAUGAUUAUCGCCGCGGGAGGGGACCGCGUCCAGAUGCUGGAUGAACGGUUCUCCAUGCUUCCCACUUUUGGUCGAGCGACUAUUCGGCGGUUUGGCGACACCGUAUCGGCUAUGAAGAAGCUUGCGGCACGCGAUUUUGAACAGAUGUUAAAGUGCGCUAUGCCGUGUUUCGAGAAUCUGUUGGCGGAGCCGUACAAUGGCAUCGUUCUGGACAUGCUGUUUGAGCUGGCACGAUGGCAUGCUCUCGCCAAGCUGCAACUCCAUUCCGAAACAACAAUUGCGGCCCUCGACACUUCGACCGGUACACUCGGGCAAUCCAUGCGCGCGUUCCUUCGUCACGUCUGUCCUCACUUCGCCACCCAGGAGCUGCCGAAGGAGACGCAGUCGCGGCAGCGCCACAAAGCCGCGUCCGGACGCAACAAACAAUCGGCCAUGGCUUCGUCAAAAUUCAGGGCAUUCAACGUUCUCAACACGUACAAAUAUCACCGCCUGGGUGAUUAUGCGCGUGGCAUAUCCGAAAUAGGUACUACUGACAACACAUCAACGCAGACGGGCGAGUUCGAACACCGGCGGGUCAAGCAGUUCUACCGGCGCACAAACAAAAACCGCACGUUUGGCCGACAAAUCGCCCUGGAAGUCCGUCGUGCAGAGAUAAUCAACAAAAUCAAGCAAACCUGGGGCGAAACUGUCAAGCCGCGCAACAAGAGACAUAAAGCAAAGGUUGCUAGGGCGGCGCGUGGUAAACGACUACAUGUUCGAUUCGAACACGCUGAACCUCUCCCACCCACCCAGCCUGACCGACACUACCAUGUUUCGGACGAGACACGGUAUCCGGUCAAACUCGAAGAUUUUCUCUUCGAGAACCAUGGUGAUCCGGCAUGUGAGAAUUUCGAAUGGGAUUUGAAAGCCCACCUGCUCAGACGAUUGCCGGGUGGCCAAGCGCUCCCUCCGGACUACAUCGCUAAUUUUGAUGACGUGUUCUCCGUUCGUAUAGAGAAUAACAGGUUGUACAGGCACAAGGUUCUACGUAUCAACUACACGACGUACGACAUGCGACGCGCCCAGGAUUCCAUCAAUCCCCGUACUCACCCCGACAUCAUGAUGCUGGCCCCAGAGGGAUCACCGCACCCCUAUCUCUAUGCGCGCGUGAUCAGCAUUUUCCACAUCGAGGCCUUCCGCGCUGGGGACGAUUUGGACGGUGCGGGCGACACCGAUAUGCAAACCAUUCAAGUCUUGUGGGUCCGGUGGUUCGACUUGGACUCUAGUGCUCCAGGUGGCUUUAAGGCGCGCCGGCUGCCACGCCUCCAAUGGGCAGCCCUCGAUGACAACGCUUUCGGCUUUGUAUCCCCAGAUCAAGUCCUGCGAGCUGCACACUUGAUGCCCGCCUUCGCACACGGUCAGUCUGAUUCAGCGCUCCCCGGUUACAGCAUCGCGCGUCAAGAAGACGAGGAUGACCUUGAUUGGAAUCGUCACUACGUUGGAAUCUUUGCCGAUCGUGAUAUGUUUAUGCGUUAUUAUGGCGGGGCUGUAGGCCACCAACGUGGCGACCCAGGCGCACGGCACGCGCCUCCGGUGGCUCCAGAGCCAAUCAACCCACUGACUGGCGAUCUGUACGACGACGAACCCGAGGAAGAUGGCUCGCAUGCUGAUGCUGAUGGUGUCAAUUCGGACGGUGAAGAUGGUGAACUCACAGGCUCUAGCGGCAACAACUCGGAGGAAGAUGCGGAGACGGAAGAGGAUGACGACGAUGACCUGGGGCCAGAGGAUGGAGAGGUUGAGUUAGGCGAAGACGAACGCGAACUCGCGCAGGCUGGCUUCGCGCCCUUGUAG